GUAUCUAUCUGUCCGAAAGAAACAGCCCUAACCAUCUCCGCCAUAAAGGGCUUCGUCUUCCUUCCUCUCCGGCGUCGUCUUCUUCCUCCUCCUCUUCCUUCGUCCCCUCCUCUAUUCUUGCGCGCUAAGUCUUCUUUUGCUCCGAUCUCGCGCCGGCGAGGGUGUCGGAAGGGAGCCGGCGAGUGGAGGGAGUGAGGAGAAAGAGGGAUAGAGAUUGGAAGAUGGAGCCGAACCGGAGCCCGAGCCCGAGCCCGCCUCAAGGACUGACCCCGGAGGAGCUCGCGGAGCUGGACUCCGUCAUCCGGACCUACCACAGGUUCGAGCCCUCGCCCAACACGUGCACGUCCCUCAUCACGCAGAAGAUCGAGGCCCCCGCCCGGCACGUCUGGCCCCUGGUCCGCAGCUUCGACAACCCGCAGCGGUACAAGCACUUCGUCAAGAGCUGCCACAUGCGGGGCGGGGGCGGCGGCGGAGCCUCGGUGCACGUCGGGUGCGUGAGGGACGUCACGGUCGUGUCGGGCCUCCCGGCGUCGACGAGCACCGAGCGGCUCGAGAUCCUGGACGACGAGCGGCACGUCCUGAGCUUCCGGGUCGUCGGGGGCGAGCACCGGCUGCAGAACUACCGGUCGGUGACGUCGGUGAACGAGUUCGAGAGGGAAGGGAAGGUGUACACGGUGGUGUUGGAGUCGUACGUCGUGGACAUCCCCGAGGGCAACACCGGCGAAGAUACGAAGAUGUUCGCCGACACCGUCAUAAAGCUGAAUCUCCAGAAGCUCGGGGUUGUGUCCGUGGCGUCCAUGCAUGGAGGGCACGGUUGAUAUGGUCGUCGAACGAUCAAUUCAUUAGGUGAAAUUCUUGUCUAGACCCGAUUCCGCCCCGAGUGGAGGGGGCCGAUCGCUAAUAGGGAUUUUCUUUUUCCCUUUUUUAUCGGGUUCGUGGCGUAUUGAGGUUUACUUUGCUUCCAUGAGAGAUAUAAAUGUUUGCUUGAGAAGGAGAGACCUAAGUUAAGUAUGCUAGUAGUGAUCAAUGCUUCUUUUUUCUUCUUGGGUUUAUAUGAAGUGUUGAAAGAUAGCUCAUUUCUGCAACAAAUCCGACUUAUCUUGCCCUUAUUUUCAAA